UGUCCUCGGGAGCACUGAUUGGUUCAGAUUUUAGUCGCAUCUAAAUUGCGUCAAGCUCCGUUGCUUCAACACGUUUUACAUUUGCCGAUAGUCGUCCACUUCUUGAGGUUAUCAUGGCGAAGAAUAAACAAAAAGGCAAAAAGCAGCAGAAUGUUUUCCGAGUGACCAACAAACAGACAAAACAAAAGAACAAGGCAAAACCUGUCACUUCAACUCUCAAACACAUCAAUAAAGUGAAGAAUGAGAAGGUGGAGAACCUGAAUAAAAUAUUUACAGAGGUCCAACGGGAUGUCAGAAGUGUAUCAAAAUGCACUGCUCCGGUGCCCAGAAAGCCAACUCCGGUUGUCCGUGAAGCACCGAAAGAGUCUGCGAAUGUGGACGGCGCUGCCCAGCUGUUCUCUCAGCUAUAGUGCGGAUUGGCUGCAUGAAAUGAAAUCUAGUUACAAUUCGAACAGUCCACAUUGCCCCAAUAAAUUGUGUAGAACGUAAUAUGACUAUCAUGAUGACGAUAUGUAAAUAUGGUGAUAUAUAAAAUUAAAAAAGUGUGCAGAUAUUCGAAGAAUGUAAAGGAUGAAUUUGUUGAGAGGUUGACACAUGCUGUAAAAUGAUAGAUUCCCCGUUGGAUACAUCUGCCAAAUAUAAUGAUCAACAACCUUAA